GUCAAGUAUGCAGUUCUGUCCCACCGAUGGCUGCCGGAUACAGAAGAAGUGACCAAGGACGACUUCGAUAAGAUUGCCAGCGGCAGUGAUCCUACACUUAAAGACAGGAAAAGGCGCGGCUGGGAGAAGCUCAAUAUGUUUUGCAAGGAAGCGAUAAAACGCAAGCUCGAGUUCGUAUGGGCUGACACCUGCUGUAUCGACAAGUCCAGCAGUGCAGAGCUCGACGAAAGCAUCCGCUCCAUGUUCAGAUGGUACCGCAACUCCGCACUGUGCAUCGUCCUCCUGGCUCAAACGCGCGGAGCCCAAGAGGCACGCGAUGCUACCAUCCCCGACGAGUGGUUUUCGCGCGGAUGGACACUCCAGGAACUCCUUGCACCAAGACGCGUCAAGUUCUACGGCUCGAACUGGAACGAACUUACAUACAAAGAGAACGAUAAAGAGUGGUUCAGGGAGACUCCACCGAGACUGAGCUUUGUCAUGAAGGCCACGGGCAUCAGCGCCGAGGAUCUCGCCGACUUCAAGCCCGGCCCGACCAGCGUCGACGACCGGAUGUGCUGGGCCGCAAAGAGGCUGACGACGCGCGGCGAGGAUGUAGCAUACUCUCUCAUGGGCAUUUUCGAUGUCAGCAUCCCCACCGCGUACGGCGAAGGCGCAGAUCGCGCGUUCGUGAGACUCGUCGAAGCCAUCAUGCUCGCUCGCGGUGAUACUUCCGUGUUGAAUUGG